CCGACCCCACCCCUCGCUUUCCCUUUGGUUUCUUUAGUAUCCGCGACCGAUCCAAAGCUCGCACGCAUGCCCUACCAAUCCACCACGCUCCCCACAUGCUUGCCGUCCCCCAGCCUUGAGAGAUCCGACCCUCUUCGUGCCACAUCCUUAUAAAUCUGACAGCAGCGGCGGAUCGCGACCGCCAUGUCCAACCAUGACGGCCGAGAACGGCGGGAGCACCACCCAUCUCUGUGUGCAGAGGAAGGCCGCGGAAGGAACUAGGGUGACUCUGGGCAUCGCCAACCAUGACCACGGCAGCGAAAUCGACCCUCGGCGGCCACCACCACUACCUUCAUCUCCCGGCGUGAAGGACGGCAACAGAAUGGGGACGCCUUCGCCGCCUCCGGUGCCGCUGCUGCCACCCCAGGGGCCGUCCUUCGCCGGAUGGUCGCUCGACGGCCCGGCAGGGGUGGCCAGGCGCCACCCCCUGCUUUGCGCCUUCGCGUUCUCGCUCUUGUUCUUCAUGGGCGUCGAGUACACCAUCCCGAUGGUUCCCUCGACUUCCCCGCCUCUGGAUUUGGGGUUCAUCGCCACCAAGCCUCUCAACCGCGCGCUGGCCACCGCGCCCGCCCUCAACACCCUGCUCGCUGCCCUCAACACUGUCUUCGUGGGUAUGCAGAUCGUGUAUAUAGUGUGGACCUUCCUGGUGGAGGGGAGGCCACGUCCGACCAUCGCGGCUCUCUUCAUGUUCACUUGCAGGGGGAUUCUCGGCUGCUCCACCCAGCUCCCGUUGCCUCAGGGUUUUCAGGGUUCAGGAGUGGAUUUCCCCGUGGGCAACGUGUCCUUCUUCCUCUUCUUCUCCGGCCAUGUCGCAGGGGCCGUGAUCGCAUCCUUGGACAUGAGAAGGACGAGGAGGUGGAGCAUGGCCCGGGUCUUCGAUGCCCUCAACCUGCUCCAGAGCGUGAGGCUGCUCGCCUCGAGAGGCCACUACACCAUCGACUUGGCCGUCGGCGUCGGUGCCGGCUACGUGUUCGACGAUUUGGCGGGCAAGUACGAGGCGAGCAAGUUGAAGCGUGGGGGCGAGCACCGGCGACCGUGCUUCAGCUGCGAAUGCAGCUGUGAAGGACGUUGACCAUUCCAUGCAACAUACUGAUCCCCUCCUCUCGUAUGCUUCUUCCUCCAUUGUUCUCUGCCUUCGAUUUUAUUCUCUCCGUUGUUCCAAGUACUUUUGACGUCUGCUGAUCUCAAAACAAAAUUGCUAGCUCAGCUUAUGUUCCUCGAGUCUUCAUCUACGACCAAAUUAUCGAGGGAUAAUUUAAAUAUUUUUUAAAUUAGAAGUACUUAAAAUGAGAAUACUGAUUGGAAAA